GUUGUUGGUGAUUCCAAAACAAAUCAAUCAAGCAACAAACACGAGCCAGCCAGCCAGCCCACACUCCCACACCACUGUGUCUCUGUAGUCUGUACUCCGCAUUGGAGCAGCUCAAUAAUGGCUGGCUCCGGCGCUCGCAUCCUCCUCGCCGCGCUGCUCCUGGCCUUCGCGGCCGCGGCGGCUUCCUCUUCAUCACCAGCGAAGGGCGGCGGCGCGACGGCCGCCACGGACUUCAUCCGCAAGUCGUGCCGCGCGACGCAGUACCCGUCGGUGUGCGUGCAGAGCCUGUCCUCCUUCAGCAAGCCGCCGCCGCGGAGCCCGCGGGAGCUGGCCCGCGCGGCCCUGUCCGUGAGCGCGGACCGGGCCCGGUCGGCGUCGGCGUACGUGGGCCGGCUUCGCGGCGUCGCCGGCGGGGGCCCCGCGAAGGGCCCGGCGGGCGACUGCAUGGAGAACAUGGCGGACAGCGUGGGCCACCUCCGGGACGCGGCGCGGGAGCUGGGCUCCGGGCUGGGCCGGGCCGGCUCGGCGGGGUUCAGGUGGCACCUGAGCAACGUGCAGACGUGGUGCAGCGCGGCGCUCACCGACGAGAACACCUGCCUGGACGGGCUCUCGUCGUCGUCGUCGUCCCGCGGCGCCGACGCCGGCACGCGCGCCGCCAUCCGGAGCAAGGUCGUCGAGGUCGCGCAGGUCACCAGCAACGCCCUCGCCCUCGUCAACCGGGUCGGGCCCGGAUACUAGCCCAGCCCAGGCCCAGGCCCGUUCGCAGACGGAUUGCCAGCUCCGUCGUAUACGCCUAGUUUGUAUUUGGUUGUCGUGGGUUAAUUAUCUCAGUUUCGAUGUCUUCUUGAUUCGCCUGUAACCAUUGUAAGUUGUAAUUAUAAUGUUAUGAGCUCGAUCUUCUUGCUGGCAGUACUAAAAGUACAUACUUCCUGCUCGUUACAGCAAGACAUUUUUUGUUUUACAGUUAAA